CGUCAACCUCUUCGUUUCCGGCAAACCAUCGAUCCAGUUGGCCUCUGCGCACCACCGUCGCAUUCCAAUCCGCUGCCACGAGCUCCGACCUCCAAUACGCCUCCGACUCCGACGACCCGAUCCAUAUCUAGCUCCAGACCCUACCCUACCCCAAAUCCCAGCUCCAAAGCACUCUUCACUUCUCCACUAAUCUCCCAUUCAAUUGACUUCCGUCCGAACACAGUUCUGCAUCUACAGGACGACGCCGUUUUCCGUUCAAGAUUCGAUUACGAACAUUGCCGCCUCAAUAAUAGGUCUUCCUUUUGCCCGUAAUUUCUUUGGCUUCGGUGUUCUUCGUACUGGAUCUAGAGUUGGGGAUAAGCUGGAAUGAGUUGAGUUGUACAGCUCCGCCGAGGUAAAAGCUCACUAUGGGACUUUUUGAUGGAUUGCCCGUGUCUCGAGACAAGGCAUAUCUGAGGGAAGAGAUUGCAAAGAUAGAUGAGAGCUGGGCUGCUGCUCGUUUUGAUUCAUUACCUCAUGUUGUUCGUAUUUUGACGUCCAAAGAUCGUGAAGGUGAAGUCCAGUUUCUGAAGGAGCAAAGUGAUGUUGUUGAGGAGGUUGUGGAUGAAGUUGUGCAUAAUUAUCACAGUGGCUUCAAUAAAGCAAUUCAAAAUUAUUCUCAGAUCUUGCGGUUGUUCAGCGAAUCUACUCAAAGUGUUGGUGUCCUGAAGGUUGAUUUGGCUGAAGCAAAGAAGCGUCUCAGUGCCCGUAGUAAACAGCUGCAUCAGUUAUGGUACCGGUCAGUUACUUUGCGUCACAUAAUCUCCCUCUUAGAUCAAAUUGAGGGCAUAUCUAAGGUUCCAGCUCGGAUAGAGAAGCUGAUUGCUGAAAAGCAGUAUUAUGCUGCUGUUCAAUUUCAUGUUCAAUCAAUGUUGAUGCUUGAAAGAGAGGGGCUUCAAACGGUCGGUGCCCUUCAAGAUGUUCGCUCUGAGUUGACAAAGUUGCGAGGAGUUCUGUUUUAUAAAGUGCUAGAGGAUUUACAUGCUCAUCUUUACAACAAGGGUGAAUAUAGCUCAGCUGCUUUAAGUUUGCAAGAAAUGGAUGAUGAGGUACCAACCACCACAGCUACUGUAUUUUCACUGAGUAAUUCACAAUCCCUGUCUCGAAGAACCAGGCUGUUAAAAGGUGACAAUCAGUUCGGUAAUCAAGGAGAUGGAUCGUAUAGGACAGGUUCUGUUGAUGGCAGUUCAUCUUUUGAUGGCGUUGAUGAGGAGGGCACUUUGGAACUGCAUGAUGAAGCUACCUCAGAUGGGCAUACUUCAGUGAGGAUCAAUGGUGAUGUCAAAAUUGUUCCUCAUGAUAUGCCAACAUGGCUUCAGUAUUCCACUCCGGAUGAAUUUCUUGAAGCAAUAAAGAAAAGUGAUGCUCCACUUCAUAUCAAAUAUUUGCAGACCAUGGUUGAGUGCCUUUGCAUGCUAAGAAAAGUUGCAGCUGCUGGUGCUAUAAUAUGCCAAAGAUUGCGACCUACAAUUCAUGAGAUCAUCACAUCCAAGAUUAAAGCUCAUGCCGAGCUUCUUAAUUCCUCAAGGUCUGGGAUUGGGCAAGCUUCACGAACUGCUACAACUGGCCUACAUUUUAUGAAGGGACAGUUACAAAGUUAUCAGUUGCCAAAACAGAAACGUCAGAAUGGGAUAUCACUGUCUGGAACUCUAUUGGCAGUAAGCCCUGUCUCACCUGUGAUGGCUCCUGCAGGGAAAGCACAAGCCGCAGCAAAAGAACUUCUUGAUUCAGUUUUGGAUGCUGUUGUUCGGAUAUUUGAGAACCAUGUUGUUGUUGGGGAGCUUUUGGAAUCAAAGUCCUCUGUUGACAUGAACACGCCAAAAUCAAUGCCAACAGAUGUAAAUCGGAAUACUGAUUUAGAAGCAUCUCAAGUUACUGGAGGCUAUAGCAUUGGUUUUUCCUUGACAGUAUUACAGAGUGAAUGCCAACAACUUAUUUGUGAGAUUCUGCGGGCAACUCCUGAAGCCGCAUCUGCUGAUGCUGCUGUACAAACAGCUAGACUUGCAAACAAGGUCCCUUCCAAAGACAAGAGGGAUGGUGCAGAAGAGGGUCUGACCUUUGCUUUUCGCUUCACAGAUGCUACUAUUUCUAUGCCCAACCAAGGGGCUGAUCUCAUUCGUCAAGGCUGGAGUAGGAAAGGUCCAAACGUUUCACAAGAAGGUUAUGGGUCUGCAGCUAUCUUGCCUGAGCAAGGCAUAUAUCUUGCAGCAUCUGUAUACCGGCCUGUUAUUCAGUUUACAGAUAAGGUUGCAUCAAUGCUUCCUAAAAAGUAUUCCCAGUUAGGUAAUGAUGGAUUGAUGGUUUUUGUGGAGAACUUUGUGAAGGACCAUUUUCUUCCCACGAUGUUUGUGGACUACAGAAAAGGCGUACAGCAAGCUAUAUCAAGUCCAGCUGCAUUCCGGCCCAGAGCACAUGCUGCUGCAUCUUAUACGCCUUCAAUUGAGAAGGGUCGACCUGUCUUACAGGGACUGUUGGCAAUAGAUUUUUUAGCAAAAGAGGUGCUUGGUUGGGCACAAGCUAUGCCUAAAUUUGCCGUUGACCUUGUGAAGUAUGUGCAAACUUUCCUUGAGCGAACCUAUGAACGAUGCCGGACGGCAUACAUGGAGGCAGUUCUGGAGAAACAGAGCUAUAUGCUUAUUGGAAGACAUGAUAUUGAGCAGUUGAUGCAUCUUGAUCCAGCAAGUACAUGUUUACCAAAUUCCUUUGGUCAGUCAAACUUCGAAACCCAUGCUUCGGAUUCUGAAAGUCUUGAGGUUGAAUUACAAUUAAGCGACUUAUUAUUGAAUUUGCGGCCUAUUAAGCAGGAUAAUCUAAUUCGUGAUGAUAACAAAAUAAUUUUGCUGGCUUCCCUUAGUGAUUCAUUGGAGUAUGUUGCAGAGUCUAUUGAAAGGCUUGGGCAGACAACCUUCAGAUCUCCAAAUCAAGUAGAAGAGAGUGGUAAGAACCAUCAUCAACGAACAACUAGUGAUGCUUCUAGGGAUCUGACAUCAUUUGCAGAUGAGUAUAGAAAAUUGGCGAUUGACUGCCUCAAGGUUUUACGUGUUGAGAUGCAAUUGGAGACGAUUUUCCAUAUGCAGGAAAUGACAAAUAGGGAAUACAUGGAAGACCAAGAUGCAGAAGAACCAGAUGACUUCAUUAUUUCACUUACUGCACAGAUAACACGCAGGGAUGAGGAAAUGGCACCUUUCAUUGCAGGAACAAAGCAAAGCUAUAUAUUUGGUGGGAUUUGUAGCAUCGCUGCAAAUGCAUCCAUCAAGGCUUUGGCUGAUAUGAAAUCAAUCAACCUUUUUGGCGUUCAGCAGAUUUGUCGGAAUACAAUUGCGCUGGAACAGGCCCUGGCCGCUAUCCCAUCAAUUAACAGUGAAAGUGUACAACAACGACUAGAUCAUGUCCGAACUUACUAUGAACUCCUAAACAUGCCAUUCGAGGCCUUGCUAGCUUUCAUCACAGAGCACGAGCACUUGUUUACGACUACAGAGUAUGCAAAUCUUCUAAAGGUCCAGGUUCCAGGAAGGGAGAUUCCUGCCGAUGCUCUAGAUCGUGCAUCACAGAUUUUAUACCGUUAGCCUUUUUCAGAUUUAUUCUCUCUUUUCAAGAUUAAAGAGUUCUGUGCUGUGGAAAAGGUGGUAGCAUCUACGUAGUGUUGGUCAUUCUCAAAAUGGCGGAUGCAGCGAAAGCAGAUACAAGAGCGAAUUUUGUGGAAGUUGCCGGCCAACAUGGCACACCAUGUUGUGUCAAAUUUUUUUUGCCGAACUGUAUAAUGACGACAAGGGUUCCAUUUUUCGUAUUGUUCUCAUAAUUUGUUCAUGUGUAGUAUCAUUUUUUUUGUAUUUUCGUUUGCAGUGUGUAACAACUUAAUGCUUAGUGUUGGUUGGGAAGAAAUGAAAGCCGAUAUAAAUUUUCGUGGUCGUUAAUAAUAGUAAGUCGUUUGUAUUGA